AAGGAUUUCAGACCAUGUUAUACUUGGGUUCCCUCUAAUCUCUCCUUUCAACGGCAGGAAUUGUGCCAAAUAACUAAGUAGUAUAUGUGGCACUUCUCCUUCAUGGGUCUCUAUAUAUAUAUCACCUCCACACUUCUGAUUGCAAACAAGCUUUCAACGUGCCACAGGGACACUCACUUGUGCUGCUGCAAGGAUACGCAGAAAGAGAAUGGAAAACUCCAAAUAUGAAGGAGAAUCCCCUUGGUCCACUGGAUUUUGCGACUGCUGCUCUGAUGUUUCAGUCUAUUCGUAACGUGUUCUUAAAUAUUUCAUCCUUUGGGCUUCCAUUCCAAUGAAAUCACUAAUAAUUAAUCUUCUUUUAAUAUGAUAGGAUAGGAUAUAUAUUAAUAUAUGAAUCCUCCGUUUUUGUGUGUUUAACAGGCUGCAUGACAAUCUUCUGCCCCUGUAUUACUUUCGGCGGGAGCGCUGAGAUUAUAAACAAAGGAAGUAUAUCAUGUGGAGAAAGCUGUCUGCUGUAUUGUUUAUUACAUCAUAUAACAGCAGUUCUUCCAUCAAUAUUCUAUGGAUGCAUUCAUCGUAGGAGACUGAGGGGCCAAUAUGGAUUGAAACAAAGCCCUUGCAAUGAUUUCCUCGUCCACUGUUUCUGUCACUACUGUGCCUUGUGUCAAGAGUACCGACAGCUCAAAUACCAAGGAUUCGACAUGAAACGCGGAUGGAAAGGGAAUCAAAACCCAGGUGUAACAAUGGCCCCAGUUACCGAAGGAGGGAUGAAGAGGUGAGUUGGACAUUGGCUGUGGCUCGCAGUUACUUGUGUUUUGGGGCUGUUCCGAAUUUGCCAGUCUUUAUUUCGAAUAAAGAGAUGUUGAAUUUGCAUUCAUUUGAUUUUCUUUCUGUCUUUGACUUUCCCCUCUAUAUGCAUGUUUCUGAAUCUCAGUAUCGGUCCUUGUUUCGUAUGGUAGCUUUUGUUGUCAAGGAAAAAUAAAUUGUCUUACAUUUA